GAUCUCAUUAAUAUCCAACGAUGCAACCAGCUCUGUUUACCUGAAAACUACCUUGCACAAUUUUGGGCAUUCUCUAUCGUAUCGUGGCCUCAUGCAUCGUUCCUUGCAGAAAACGCAGGCGGAAUGGUAGUUGGUUAUGUACUGGCGUCCGUGGAACCAGUUGACGGCCAACCCCAUCUUCUAAUCGGACAUAUCAAUUCUCUAGCUGUCCUUCGCCCUUACCGACGCCUUGGGCUCGCGAAGCGACUCAUGAAUAUCUCCAGAGAAUCCAUGACAAGCACCUACCACCUCCAGUAUAUCCAGCUGAACGUGCGGAUAUCGAACAGGGCUGCCUUAGCCCUCUAUCGGGACGUUCUGGGGUACACCAUCUAUCGCGUCGAGCGCAAAUACUAUGCUGAUAGCGAGGAUGCGUUCACCAUGCGGCUUUGGAUUCACGGCAAUCCAAAUGUGGCGGAUACACGGUCAGUUCUUUCUUUCAUUUAUCUCAUCUCAGCAAUGUGCGAGGACGCAGGAGCGUUAACGAACCCCCCCAAUUUACAUACACUAGGCAAGAAAGACGAACAGUGCUUCGCGCCGUGCAUCAGUACGCAUCGUGCAAGGGUCGAUUACUUCUAG